UGCCCCACGUGGUUCCGGCGCCUGGGCGGGGCUAGAGGCCUCCUGCCCCUGCAGCGGGGCCGCGGACGCCGGAAACGCCGGUGCGCGGGCACUGGCCGGCCCGGACGUGCACGCUCCGACCAUGGCGACCCAGGCGAAACGGCCGCGGGUGGCGGGGCCGGAGGGCGGCGGCGGCGGCGGCGCGGACCCGGUGGCCGGCUUCCUGAGCUGGUGCCAGCAAGUGGGGCUGGAGCUGAGUCCCAAGGUGGCCGUGAGCCGGCAGGGCACGGUGGCGGGCUACGGCAUGGUGGCGCGGGAGAGCGUGCAGCGCGGCGAGCUGCUGUUCGCGGUGCCGCGGGCUGCGAUCCUGUCACAGCACACCUGCUCGAUCGGCGACCUGCUGGAGCGAGAGCGAGGCGCGCUGCAGAGCCAGUCGGGCUGGGUGCCGCUGCUGCUGGCGCUGCUUCACGAGCUGCAGGCCCCAGCCUCGCCAUGGAGCCCCUACUUUGCGCUGUGGCCUGAGCUGGGCCGCUUGGAGCACCCAAUGUUCUGGCCAGAGGAGGAGCGCCGGCGCCUGCUGCAGGGCACGGGCGUACCUGAGGCCGUGGAGAAGGAUUUGGCCAGCAUCCGCAGCGAGUACUAUUCCAUCGUGCUGCCCUUCAUGGAAGCCCAUCCUGAUCUCUUCAGCCCCAAGGUUCACUCCCUGGAACUCUACCAUCAGCUCGUGGCCCUUGUGAUGGCCUACAGCUUUCAAGAACCACUGGAGGAAGAGGAGGAUGAAAAGGAGCCAAACUCCCCUUUGAUGGUGCCUGCAGCAGACAUUCUAAACCACUUAGCCAAUCACAAUGCCAAUCUAGAAUAUUCUGCAGAUUAUCUUCGCAUGGUGGCCACUCAGCCCAUUCCUAAAGGCCAUGAGAUUUUCAACACUUACGGACAAAUGGCUAAUUGGCAACUGAUUCAUAUGUAUGGCUUUGUUGAACCAUAUCCUGACAACACAGAUGACACAGCCGACAUCCAAAUGGUGACAGUUCGUGAAGCAGCACUACAGAAAGCAAAAGUUGAGGCUGAACGGCUCCUACUGUAUGAGCGCUGGGAUUUCUUGUGCAAACUGGAGAUGGUAGGAGAAGAGGGUGCGUUUGUAAUUGGACGUGAGGAGGUGCUAACUGAAGAGGAACUGACCACCACACUGAAGGUACUGUGCAUGGCUGCUGAGGAGUUCAGAGAAUUUAAAGACCAGGAUGGAUGGGGAGAUGAUAAAAGGGAAGAAGAGGGCAGCCUGACACUCAAAAAUAUCCCCAAGCUCAAAGCACCGUGGAAACAGUUGCUUCGAGACAGUGUUCUGUUGACCCUGCAAACCUAUACCACAGACUUAAAAAGUGAGCAGGAUUUACUCAGUAAUAAGGAGGUCUACACCAAACUCAGCUGGAGGGAACAGCAAGCCUUACAGGUUCGCUAUGGUCAGAAGAUGAUCUUACACCAGUUGUUGGAAAUGACUCUUUAGUAUGUUCCAAAUGGCCUGAAGGAACAGAAGAAAGAACUUUAUUCUAGGCUGAUAACUUUUAUUGCUUGAAAAGGAAGAAAGUGUGGAUCUUUUGCCGUUCUUGUUAAAUACCAGAAGGAAAAGUAGCAGAGAUGUGCUAGGAUGAACUCUGAGGUAAGGGUGAUGUGUUCGAGGACUGGUAACAGCAUGCUUUCGAAUCACUAGUGUCUCGAUUUUAACUAAAGCCUGCAGAAAUGCGGUAGUGAUAGGUCGUCUUACUGUACUCAGGGACUUUGCAGGAAGCUUGGUUUGAACCUGUAUCUAUCUUGAGGAGGUCAAAACCUUUUUUAUUAGGAUCUAGGCAACCCUGUAAAUGGCCCUUUGUGAGAACUGUUGGUCUUCAAAACUUGACCACCGUUAAAGGAAAGGUAAGUUUUUCUUAAAAAUGGUGUAUCUCUUGCUGAAAAGGUAAUUACUAUACAAAAAUACUGUUGGACAUGUAGACAGGUCAGCUUAGGAGUGGGAAAGAUCUCAUUCAGCAGGAAGCUGGUGUUCCACUGGGCUGUCCACUUUCUUUACCAGCACUGGCUGCUGCUCCUGAGAAAGGCACAGUGACUCAUAUAUAGGAAGUGGGGGGAGCCAAUGCCCAGGAACUUAAAAGGCUACAAAAUACUUAAUCCUUACAAAUAAGGGUAGUAUUGGUCCUUUGUCUUUUUGUUCAACUUUGUAGGGCUAUUCAGUGAGGUAAUGGAGGGAAUUCUUAAGAUUAGGUUGUAUAUCAGAAGGAAUGUUAGACUUGACCGCAUCUCAGGGGGCCAAGGUGAAGAAGCUAGUUGGUACAAGUGGUAUUCUGUGUUCAGCUUUAGAACAGGUUUGGGAAGGGCAAACUAGAAACCCCCAGGAUACCAUUCCCAUGGUUCACAUUUUAAAAAACUAAGUUAAUACACUAUUCUUAGAGACACCACGAGCUAUGCCUUCAGACAAGCGCAUGGCAUCAACUGCCUGCCUCAUUAUAAGUAUGCUUUCCUCGGACACAUUUUGCACAGACCCAAGAAGCUGCAGACAAAGGUUUUCUCUUUCAUAUAUUUACACAAGUUGAAAAUGAUAUUCACAGCAUCUUCUAAAUUUUGGCCAAGAGUCAAAAAAUGCAUUUAAACUUUGGAACGUGCCCACAUAGACAGGGAGGCUCACCCCAGCAGUAGUUGGGGCAAAUACCCAAGAACCAAAGGGCUGGGAAAGUCAGGAAGAGCAGAAAGGAUUCUUCAGUUUAUGAACUUGGUGCACUGGGACCUCCAGGCUGACACCUUUACAACGGAGACAUAGUUUCAUCUAGCUGGCGCCUGUGCCUUCCAUUACUUGCUGAGCCUGCUUCUGUCCCAUGCAGCACUGUGCAACCGACUGGAAUAGCCUGAAGAAUGGAACACAGUUAUCAGAAACGCAUCUCAACCACAGACCCAAGCUGCUCAUCCUUAGAUGAUGCAAACAAAAACUCACUUCUCAAUUUCUGGGGCACAGUGUACAAACUCGUGGUUCCAGAACUUAAACGCUGGAUUUUUAAUCAGCUCAAUGAAGGUAAUAAGAAGACCCCAAGGAUGUGGCCUAUUUACAAUCAACCGUUCCAAAAGAACCCUGGGGAAAAGAAGAAAGUGUCAGCAUUACAUAGAAAUUCACAACCGUGCCAUUAUUUUUUGUAAAGGCUUACUAGGGAGAUGAGUUAGGAAAAAGACAGCUGAAUUGAUCUUGAUACAAUACAGUGUGCUCAUGCAGAUGGAUUCUAGUUAGAAUAUCUGGGUUUAAAUCAUGAUUCUUGCUGAGCAAUGGAAUAUUAACAAUAUUGGCUUAAAUAUUCACAUCCAAUUAUUUCUAAAUUUACCCUAAGGAAGAAAUAAUCACAAAGUGUACAUUACCAUCUAUAAGCAGUAACUUUUGGCAUUUAAAUUCUGAAGAAUAUCACACUUUACAUUGUAAGUACUAGAAAUGCACAUUUAAAAUGUGCUUUUAGGGGCCAGUGUUGUGGUGCAGGAAGGUUAAGUUGCUGCCUGUGAUGCUGGCAUCCCAUGUGAGCACUGGUUUGGGCCCUGGCUGCUCCACUUCCAAUCCAGCUCCCUGCUAAUGGCCUAGAAAAGCAGGUAGCCUGAGUAUUUGGGCCCCUGCCACCCAUGUGGGAGACCCAGUGAAUCAAAGACUCUUGUGAAGGUCAGAAGUAGUGUGGGGAGGGAGUUGCACCUCUGCUGCAGCAUCUCACUCAUACCACUUAGGAUACCAGUCUCCCACACUGCAAUCUCUGGGUUCAGGUCCCAGCUCUGCUUAGAGCUACCUAGGAAAGCACAGCAGGUCUUGGCUCAAGCAGUUAAGUCCUUGCUACCCAGUGGGGGGACCCAGAUGAAGUUCCUAGCUUUAACAGGCAGUUAACCUGUAUGUAUCUUAUUCAGUUGGGACUUAACUAUUCCCCAGUCUCUAGUGCUGAAGUCCAAGCAGUCUACAACAGAUUACUAACUACUAUUAGACUUUAAUUGGCCUUGCAUAAUUCAGGGCUCUGGUUAAAAAUGUUGUUCCUUUUACCUCUUCAAAUUCUUGACUUUCAAUCAAAAUGACAUGCCUUUUAUUGUGAACUACUUUCUACCUCAAAAAGAUUUCUAAUUCUCCACUUAGUCUGAUGCAUAAAACAAAAAAUCCUAAUUAUUGGGGAGGGCAGGAACUAUCUCCAUAUUCUUCAAAACUCAAUCUCAAAUUUAACAUAUUACCAGACAUGUAAAAGAUGCCUGAUAACACAAAGUCCAGGCAGAAGCAUGUGAAAAAUCUUACCUUGUGAUCUGUUCCUGGAUAGCUUCAGUGUUGGCCUCUGCAAAAAGGUACAGCAUGGUGCAGCUAAAGUAAUGAGUGUGGCUAUUGGGGUAUCGCAGCUGAUUUGCAAUUGCGUUCAAGAAGAGAUAGCGACCUAGGAAGUACAAAAACUCAACUUAGGCCUUGCUUUAAAAGGCUAGCAUGGGAUAACAGUUCCAACUGGCUGGAGUUUAGGCUGCUUAUAGACACUUGUAGUUAAACCAGUGGUUCUCAGGAUCCCAGAAGCUUUCUUUUCUGUUUUUAUCAGUAUUUCCCACAUUACAAGAUUUUAAAACAUAAUUUGUAAGUAAGAGCUAUACAAUAAAAACAUGUUAAUAAAAAAGUCUUCCCUGAUAUUCAGUGAUGAAUGCUACCAUUUUACUUUUUGAAGAGCUUUUUAAUGUCUUUCUCAAUAGAAGACAUCUGGAUUCUCUUUUCUGCUUUUACAUGUAAUCUGCUACUACAUUUCAUAUAAACUGGAAAACCAUGGCAAAUGGGUAAAUGGCAAAUGCUAUUUUACUAUUAACAGCCCUCCUUAAAAGGUAUUAAGGAUACUACCAAAUGUUCCCAGAAAACGCUUUGACAACCACUACAUUAUACUGGAAUAACUGGGUUUGCUCGAUACUGCUCAUGUUUGUAAGAGAUACCAGUGACCCUUAACACUUUCCUAUAGACUGUCUUCUUACUGCUAAAUUCUUACAUGUACUAGUAUUCAAUUCUGUUAUUUGAAGCUGUCUCAAAUCACUUCUACAAACUGGUAAACAGCAAAUAUAAUCAAAAUCACCCUCUUUAGAUGCAACAGCAAUAUUAAGAGUGGUUCUAAAGUGUACUAUGCUAAAAGGAUCAGGGCUGUACAGCUAAUCUGUUAACUUAAGUCUUGAAUAAAUACAGAGCACCAGAAAAAAUGUAGCUCAACUAGGAAACAUACAGCCUGCAAUUGGAGUUGUACUGUGAACUUUCUGCAAAAUAUGAAAUCUUUGGCCGAAAAAUAGCAGGAUUCUGGAUAAUUCCUGUCUUUGUGCCUUGCUCUGUUUUCUGUAUUAAGCAAAAAGGUAAUUUCCAAUAAAAGGAUAAAAUAACCAGC